AUGCAAUUUUCAACGCAUGAUACUUAUUCUCAUUUAUCAACAGCUGCGGCAUCAACAACAGUGACGAUUAAAUCUCAAUCUUCCACAAUCGAUGACACGAAACAAACGCCUCCACAACUCGAUGCAUCAAGCAAACAAUUACCUAAGCAUUCCGUACAAUUUACUGCCGAUGAAUUACGUGAACAUCUUGAACCAGCUAUUCAAAAAAUGCUUCUCAUCGAAGAUUCCCAUCCAUUUCGACAGCCGAUCGAUCUCGUCGCACUCAAUAUACUUGAUUAUCCAACUAUAGUUAAACAUCCAAUGGAUAUAUCGACAAUGCAAAAUAGAUUAAAACGUGGUCUCUAUAAAACUCCAUUAGAAUUCUGUGGUGAUGCAUGGCUUUAUAAUAAGAAAACUGCACGUGUCUAUAAAAUGUGUACAAAACCAUCGGGCAUAUUCGCCGAUCCUGUUGUACAAAAAUUGGGUUAUUGUUGUGGUCGACAGUAUGUAUAUUUACCACAAAUUAUGUUUUGUUAUGGAAAUCAACUGUGCUGUCAAAUUCCACGCGAGGGCAAUUAUUAUUAUUAUCACAAUCCGGAACCAUCGCGAAUAAAUUUAUCUCUUGAUAAAUAUACAUUUUGUUGA